AUCAGGAGCAUUCUUCCUGUACAUGUGCCUCUGUCACUCAUGCCAAACGGCCACACAACUACACCACACACCCAGCUGUGUUUCCACUGUGUCCUCUGUGUUCCCACACAAGCCUGGUCUGUCACUCUGUCAGUUCCAGUCGGACUCUCCUUAUCGGACAGCACCUAAGCAAAUUCUCUGAAUCACCAGCACCUUAGUUACAUUUUCUGUGGAUUUUAUUAUUUGUCAAAGAGUUAAAAAAGUAAUUUAUUGUUUGUUUUUAUUUGGUGGAAGAAACAAAGUAAGGACUUCUCUCCAGUGUAGACUUUUAUAUCAGAAAAGUACUUGGCUGUUUUAGUUUUCCAAAAUGGCUCCUGUGAGAGGCUGGGUGGUGGGACUCCUGCUGGUGCUCCUGAGCCCCUCUCAGCUCCCGCUCUCUGGUGUGGUGAGUGCCCAGGACGUGGCCGAGGCAGAGGAAGACCUUUCCAGAAAUGAAGAGGAGGUGGUGGCUGAAGAGGCCGCUGAGGGUGACAAUGGUGCUGGUGAAGAAGAGAUAGCGGAGGAGGAAGAUGGGGGAGAAGCAGAAGAAGAAGAGACUGUGGAACAGGAGGAGGAGGAGGAGGAGGAGGAGGAGGAAGAGGAAGAAGAGGAAGAAGUGGAGGAUGUAGCAGAGGAGGAGGAGGAAGAGGUGGCGGAAGCUGCUGAGGAAGAAGAGGCUGAAGAAGAGGAGGAGGAAGCUGUUGAAGAAGAGGAGGCUGAGGAGGAAGAGGAAGAAGAAGAGGAGGAAGCUGUUGAAGAAGAGGAGGCUGAGGAGGAGGAGGAGGAAGCUGUUGAAGAAGAGGAGGCUGAGGAGGAGGAGGAAGAGGAAGAAGAGGUGGAGGAAGCUUCUGAGGAAGAGGAGGAGGAAGAAGCAGAGGAAGAAGCAGAGGAGGAAGAAGAGGAAGAAGCAGAGGAGGAAGAAGAGGCUGAGGAGGAGGAAGCAGCAGAGGAGGAAGACGAAGAGGGGAAAGAUGUUGAGGAGGAAGAUGAUGAUGCUGAAGAGGACGCUGAGGACACAGUAGCAGAGGAAGAAGAAGAGGAGGAGGAGGAUGCAGAUGAGGAAGCUGAAGCUGAAAAUGAGGAAGAAGAGGAGGAGGAGGAGGAGGAGGAGGAAGAGGCCUCUGAAGAUGAUGAAGAAGAAACUGAGGAAGAGGAGCUAGCCGGAGAAGAGGAGGCUGAUGAUGCUGAAGAAGAAGAAGAAGAGGAUGUUGCUGACGAUGAAGCUGUACAGAACACAACUGAUGCACUGGAAGAUGAAGAUUUGCCAACAGAUGACGAUGCAGCAGAAGUCGAAGAUGAUGUAACUGAAGAGGAGCCAGUCGCUGACUUGCUCCAAUUCCACCCGGGCUCUUUGUGUAGUGUUUGCUCCAUCUGUGAGCACUGCUCCAAACACUGUGGGGAUUGCCCCUGUGAAGAGGGAGACGAGUCAGAGCACUGUGAACAUUGCCAAGAAUGUUCAUCCUGCUACCUUUGCCCAUUACUUUGUGACACAAUUUGUACGCCAGGUGGCCUUAUUGACGAGCUAACUGGAUCCCUCUUUCAGUCUUUUUCCUCUCUUCUUUAAGCUAGCCUUUGAACCACCAUGUGGUUUCAUGAGGUAUUGCGCUCAGCAUCAGAGCUGUCUGGUUGUUCAUACCUUUCCAGCAACAUGAGGACUCCCACAGGAGCUUCACAUCGAACAGCUGACAAAAAGGAAAAAUCACGACUAGGUUUUAACUCAUGUUUAGACACUGAUUUUAACUAGCUUUGAAAGGAGACAUUUUCUUAUCUUUUUAAUGACCUGCAUACUGUAUGUGUUUUUUUCAACGCAUAACAGAAGAAAAAAAAACGUUACUGAGGCUUUAAUGUUUUUUGUAGAACUCUUAUAUAUAACAGUCAAGUAAAAAUUGUAUAGUUGACAGGAAUCAGUUAAAAUGCACCAGAUAGAUGAAAGUGAUGUCAAUGGUAACUUAUGCAAAAUGAAAAUGUAUUAUAAACCCUCACUAAAUUUGAAAAACACAACAUCAAAAACAAGUGUUUCACGAUCACUAGUUUUAAUUAAAUAAUACAAUUAUCCUUCUCCAUCAAGCUCUGCUUGUUGUAACACAUAUGUGCAUUAAAGGUAGAGGUUACAGCAGUGCUAAUGCACACUUUUUUUGAGUUCAUUAUAACCUAUUAUUUUACAUUGUUUAUUGAGAAAUAUUUUUAGAGGUAUUUUUGUGCAUAUAGAUAUGGCUAUGGCUUACUUUCAAACCAGAGCUACAAUUCAAUAUAAAUGUAAACGACUCGGGUAUAAAGUCCCUGGUAAAAUACUCUUAUGUAAGAACAACUUCUGAAGAUUCAACCCACAACUUAGUUUAAAAACCAAUGUACUUUCCUGUUGCUCAUUGGAUACACAUUGAAUUAAAGAAUGAUUAAUAAUAAGAAAAAUAAUAAACUAUGUUUUGACAAAGAA